AUGACGCAAGUCACCCAAAAGUGUCCACUAAAACCCUUUCCUUUCCAAACUCGGAGGGAUUCCCAUUAGUGCUUUCUACGCUGCAAUCGAUCAAUCUGCUUCCACAAACAAACUCUAUAAGUAUCCAACUCCAUCAGCCACCUGAUCAGUAUCUCUUAUAAACCAGAGUCGUCUCUCUUUCUAUCUGUGAUUCUUAUCAAUGGCGAGGUUGGUCGUCAUUUUCGAUUUCGACAAGACGAUCAUCGACUGUGACAGCGACAACUGGGUUGUGGAAGAGCUGGGUAUCAACCACUUGUUCACUCAGCUCCUCCACAAUUUUCCUUGGAACGCUAUUAUGGAUAGGAUGAUGACAGAGCUUCACCAUAGGGGAAAGACGAUUGAGGACAUUGAAGAGUGUUUGAAGAAGGUUCCACUGCAUCCCAGCAUUGCCUCUGCAAUCGAAUCGGUCCAUGCUUUAGGGUGUGAUCUGAGGAUUGUGAGUGAUGCAAAUGUGUUUUUCAUAGAGACAAUCUUGAAACAUCAUGGGCUACUGGACUAUUUUUCAGAAAUCAACACCAACCCAGGCUUUGUUGAUGAACAAGGCAGGCUUAGAAUCUUGCCCUACUAUGAUUUCAGCUCAUCAUCUCAUGGCUGCAACAUUUGCCCUUCCAAUAUGUGCAAGGGUCUGGUGAUGGAGAAGAUCCGAGCUUCUGUUUCGGCAGAUGGAAAGAAGCAGUUGGUCUAUGUUGGGGAUGGAACUCCCGAUUUUUGCGCAGGCUUGAAACUUGAAGAAGGAGAUGUCCUGAUGCCAAGGAAGGACUUUCCUAUCUGUGAUCUAAUAUCUGCCAACCCAUUGCUUAUCAAGGCAAAAAUUCAUGAAUGGAGCAAUUGGGAUGAGCUUAGUACUAAUUUGCUAAGCACAGUGAACAAUGCCCUUAUUGAUGAGUCUGCGAAAACCGAUCAAUUGGUUCCACUUUGCAAGUACCAAAACAGUUCGAUAUCUGUUACUGCCCAUGAAGCCCUUCAGAAAGCUCUUCCAGUUUCACCUCCCCACUAGUUGAGCUAGGAAGUUUGGCAAUGGCAUUUCCUUACUCAUUGGAUACAAUGGAGUGUCGUUAUCAUUGGUGCUUGACAAGUUACAUAUGCACUAUGAUAGACUGGAAAUGAAAUACAAUUGCAUCAAUACUUGUCAUAUAAAGUUAAAUAUGUACUAUGAUGAAUGUGACACUUGCUAUUUGCCACCUUAUCAUGCAAGCCAUACCAGGCUCCACCAAUCUAUCCU